CUGAGUGGCGAAAAAUAUUGUGAUAAGGCCUUUAUUGUGAUUUCUUGAUAGGUAACACGAAAAACAACGAAACCGUCCUUGAAUUAGAUAUAUAUACUAUGUAAGGAAUAUAGCCAUACGCCGAAUUAACGUCACUAAAGUGGAUAAAUAACAGGAACAACUUGUGUCUCCAGCUCAACGGAUUUUACUGUGAUCGGAUCGGUCAUCAUCUACAAAUUUGGGUUUUGUUUACAAUACACUGCAUCAUCUGUUUCGCGAAAAGUAACUUUAUUUUCGAUCUGACAUACAUAUACCGGGCUUGCUUACUAUAUUGAUCGAUCAAUUUGUGAUUGAUUCGGUCUGAUAAAGCCUGUAAUUUAGGGCAUUCAGUUAUAAUUCCAGCGGUUGAGACGAAUCGAAUCAUGAUGGCGGAAGCGCGCAUUGUUCCAAGUGGACAAAUAUACAGACAGAUAUUCGAUGCAGAGGUGCAACUUGUGAAGGAAUAUGAAAAGUUACAAGAGAAGAGAAAUGAUGAAGUAAUUGAAAUAAAAACACAGAAAGUACCACUAGUCAAAGAUGGUAGAAAAGCAAUGGGUGAAAGUUUACUGAAUGAAAGGCAGCGCACAUGGAUUGAAAGUAUGCCUAAUGAUUCAGUCACAGAGAACCCUACAUUCUAUAGGCAGCUCACAUCUAUAAAUACCAAACAGUUGAUGGAACCUGAAUCUCAACUGGCUGCCAGGGAAGUUAGAGGUCUUGCUGAUACCGUCAAAUCUGAAAGAACUGGCUCUGAUAUCAUUGAGAGAAUUGAAGAAAGUCGUCGCAAUAGACAUGAAGCAGCUGUGGAGGAUAUGCAUCAGGAGUUGGCAAUCAUCGCUUCAGACUUGGAACCGAGAAUAACUGAGGCAGGAGAGAUUCUUAUUCAGAAUUUAGCUAGCAAUGAUGAAGAGAUAGCAGCAAUACUGGCAAAGAUUUCAGAUGAUCAGGUGUUACAAAACUAUUCCCUGGCACAACUUAUAAGUCUAUGGGAUGAAGUGGCAUCGCAUUCAUCUUACAGACAGACUUGGAUUAUUGAGUUAGAUCAAACUUUGAGCAGGGUUGAAUCUCACAGAGAAGAACUGAUUGCAAAGAUUUUUAAACACUAUGCCAAGAUGUUAGAAGGGAUUGCCCAUCUCAUGCCACCAGAUGUACAGAGACUGUUAGAAAAGGAAUCUCAGAUAAUUAACCAGACUAUGCUAGCGAAUAGACGAGCUUAUGCUGAUUUAUUUGCAAGACUAAUGAAGAACGAUGUUGAACGGGAACGAAAUCAACAUGAAAUGUGGAGAAAUAGAGUUGAAGACUGGAAACAGUUGAAUAUUAAUGAAGCUGUAAAGAAAUUCACUGAAUUUAUGCAAAGUGAAGAGAUUGUACAGCCAUCUGGUAUUGAUAACUUAUUAACUAUGAUGAAGACUGAGCAGAAUAAUCUGAAUACCAAGAGAUUAGAACUCUUAAACUCACUCAAGGAUAUGAAUCCACCAAGUUCAACAAAGACAGCUGUAUAUUCAUGGAAUUCACAGUUGACAGCAAUAACCAGACAAAUAGAUGAACUACAUGUACAGUAUAUGGGUAAACUACAUGAAGAAUAUGAACGAGUGUGUCAAGUCUUGCUUGACAAAGUCGACAACUUCAGGAGUCGACUGGUUGAGGAUGGCAUUUGUACAGAUGAAAAAGUCAUUGAGGUCAUUGAAGAACACUUUCUACCUCAGCUCGGUCAACGUCAAAGGAUAUUUGAAGACAACCUUGAAAAUAUGGAUAAAGCACUGGAGCAAUUGAGUCACGAACAAGAAUUGAAGUUAAAGUCUUUGUUCAAGUUUGCCCAAGGAGCUGCGCAUGUCUGGGAUGUGCAUGAAAUAGGACUUGCAAAGCGAGAAAGAGAUUUACAAGAAAAGUUAGAAGCUUGCAGGCAUGAGCAUGAUAAUAAAAAUCAGGAUAUGGAGGCUAAUUUGGAUAUUAUCAUGGACAGAAUGAGACAGGAAGGGAGUCAACAUUCGCUGAAAGAAACAUUGGAAAAAUCUUUGGCUACAUUAGAUAAGAUUAAAGCUGGGUAUGAAAAAUUCCACAAAGAUCAAGUGAGUUUAGUCAAGAACUAUCCUUACAUGGUACAACAGGAACUGAAAAGAUAUGAUGAAGCUGUGUGUAAAUUUUAUACUGUGGGAAGAAAUAACCCUGAUGAUAAAUCCAGUAGAGGAAACAGUGGGGCAUCCCGGAGAUCCACAUCUCCAUCUGCCAGACCCACUGCAUCUGAUAGUCCUGGGCGUGAAACUCCCAGAUCGGCAUCAACAGAAGCCAAGAGAAGCCCCGUUCCCACCGCUGUGAGAGAAGUGUUAUCUACUGAUAAGGGGACAACAUUCUAUGUGCUAACAGUGGCAGGGCAACAUGGUUUGCCUGACUUUGAUGGCAGUGUAUUCCUUACUGAAGCUGAUGUGGCGGAGUUACCACCUCAUAUACAAAAUAUACAAAUAAUGGAUGAAUUGAUGUUUGAACUCAGAAAAAUCAUGAGGAUGAACUUUUUGAACCAUUUAGAGGACUGGGUUAUUCAAGCAAUAGAGAGGGCUAAUAGCGUGGUAGCUGCAAAGUGUGAAGAGUUGAAUAGUGAGUUAGAAUUACGUCUCCAUCUACAUGGACCCCGAUCUAGAAGAGCUGAGUUGGAUAUCCACAACGUACGAGCCGCUGAGAUUGUCAUGCAUCAAGAGAGAGUGUCUAGACAUUCCAAAGGGAUUGCUGCUGCCCUCAACGAUCUCAAGACGAGAUUCACAUCCAUGCAACAGAAUCAUAACAAACUUGCUGAACAGUUUAAAGAAGAGAUUGACUCUCUGGAGACCGUCUUUAUCAAUGCUACCAAGUCUUCCACCUUGGUUGCACUGCAGCACACUGUUACCACUAAGCUAGAUAGCUAUAUGGGUGUCAUCAGAGCCUCUCUCAGACAGUUUAGGAAGAAUCUAGAUGACACACUCCAGAUGCUAAGAGAAUCUAACGCCAGAUUUAUCAAAUCAUUCAAGGCAUUUUCAGAUGGUGGCAACUUUUCACCGGAGGAAAUCGAUGACUACAAGAAGAAACUUGAGAAGUUAUCGCAUAGGAUUGAUUCCUCUGAAGGAUUCAUUAUGGCAGACUUGGAAGGAAUGGAAGCAAAAAGACUAGAGCAGGCCUCACAUGUUGCAAGUACAUUUGAAGACAGGUUUAAAAAUCAUCUGUUUGAUUUGACAUUUAUGGAGAAAUUAGCUAGGUGGCUGACUAACACACAAGUUAAGAUCAAAGCCGAGGUAGCUGAUAGCAAUACUCAAGCUCAGAAAUUAGCACAGCAUUUGCAGCUACUAGAGAGAAGAAUAGAUGCCUGUCAGAAACCAAAUCUGGACAAGGAGCAAAUAACUUCCCAAAAGCUACUAGACAGCUUAAAAGAAGUAAUUGGAUCAUUUCAUGAGCGAUGUCGCUACCUCAAUUGUAUGAAGUAUCUCACUGUACCCCAAGGUACUGAAGUAAUGCAGGGUAAUAUCGCUGUCUCCAGCAAAGUAGGAUUCGCUGAAGAGACGUCGCAGCAGAUACAAGCUGACCAGCAGCAACCGAUCGCAGCAACAACCACAACUACUGUGGUAACAAUUAAGACAGCAAGUAAACAACCUGUGGAGGAUGCAGCCGUGGGAAUUAUGAAGAAUAUACUGAGUUCCCAGCGAGUCAAGAUGCGAAUGGGAUUAGAAGAUCAUGAAACUGAUGCACUUCAUACAGGCGUAUCUAGGCUAGCAGGAACACAGUCAACUCAGAGCGAUGACCAGAAAUCGAAGUCUUCCAGACCCCAGACCAAGCAGUCAGAUAAAGAUCGAUCCAAAGCUAUAUCUAGACGUAGUACUGGUCUAAGUGUGGAUGGCAAUCCGAGAAGAACUGCUUCAGCUAAUAUUCGUCGCACCAGUAAAACCACCAAGUUUGACAAGAAAUAUUAUGUAUUUGGUGAGAAGAAAGAUGAUGAGAAGCACUUCCUGGCAAUAAUACGUGCUAUACUCUGGGAUGCUAUGGAUGGAUUACUUAGUACAUCAGAGGUUUAUUAUAGACAGAAAGGCAACCGUGCACCAACUAGACCACAAGCUAUACAGGACAUAUUCGAUCAGUGUGCAGAGAGUGUUGUGAUUAAAUUGCAGUCUUAUUACAAUCAAUCUGAUGAGUAUCAUAACCACUGUCUACAAGAAUUUCGUGGCCAACUUGAGGAUCUAGAAGAACUAAUUGCUGAGAUUCCACCAUUGGUGAUCAGGGAUCUCUUACGAGAACAAACGCAAACUUUUAAUAACGUAAGAGUCGCGCUGGAUCAUACCUUCAAGUCUCAGCUACACGAAUGGGACAAAAGAAGGAAUGAACACAAAACAUUACUGAGACCGACACUUGGGCAUCCACAUAAUCAACCACAGUUAUUGGAACUUUCAACUAAAGAAGAUGAAAGAAGGGAAGAAUAUCUGAGUGGAGUGGAAUCCAAUACCAAAAGACUUCAGGAAUCUUCAGUUGAACUUGCUAAAUCAUUUGUUGAUAAAAUGUCAAGUACAACUGAGCAGAUAUUACUUAUGUUGGACUCCUCCCUUAUUGUGGAUGAUGUGGAAACUGGACGAGUUGAUCCCAAAAAACACAAGACCAGUACACUGAUAAAGCGGAAACAAUCUGGCAGACCUUUAGAAGAUGAAGAGUAUAAACCAGUGAUUGAAAGAGCUGGUAGGAUGUGGCAAGGAAUCCCAUCAAAUGAAUUGAUAGUUGGAGAUAAACCAGAACAACCAGAACUUACUGCGUCUGUUACAUCCGCUAAGACAACACUAGCACAUGCUUCAGUGGUCCAUGCCAGAGACGAGGCAUAUAAGGAAUACCUUCAAAUAUUCAAUAAAAACCUGCAAAACAUAGAGGAUGAAAAACAAGAACAGCUGAUUGCAGAAGAAAGGUGGUCUGAUAGUUGGCGCAGAUCGGUAGAAAAAGUAAAGAACUUGUAUUAAAUGUGAAUAAAAUAUAUUAUAUAUUACACUUCAAAGGAUUUGCUUCGAGAACAUACAUGUGAUUUGAUAUCUUUUUGAUAUUUUGUCUCUGCCUUUUUAAUGGAUUCGAUUGAAUUCAACUAAUUAACAACAUUCUUGUUUUUGUACAAUUCCUGUACAUAUAUAUAUACAGC